GGUACGCAUCGGAAGACGGCCGUAGAUAUAUAUCCUUUCAUCAGUGACCGAGCUUCCACCCACCAGCAUUUCAGUGCACGGCCGACUCAUGAAUUUCCGCUCCAUCCUUCUCUUCAUCUCUCUUCUCGCCUCUGCAUCUUCCAAAACCCUAACUCCAGACGAUUCUCUCACAUACAUAUGGCCUCUCCCCAAGGAAUUCACGCACGGUAAUGCCACCAUCUCCGUCGAUCCUGAUCUCUCCCUCCAAGUCCGAGGCGACGGUGGAGAUUCUCCCAUCGUCCGUGAGGCUUUCGAGAGAUACAGGUCGACUGUAUUCAAGCACUGCUCCAGGUCCCCUGGUCCUAAAUCCUCUUUCGAUCUUAAAGAGAUCAGGAUCGUCGUUGGAUCCGCUAAUGAAACGCUUCAACUUGGUGUGGAUGAGAGCUAUUCUUUAUAUGUCGCAAAGGACGAUGGACAGUCGAUCAUCGGAGAAGCUAUGAUUGAGGCAAAUACUAUUUAUGGUGCACUGCGUGGAUUAGAGACAUUCAGCCAAUUAUGUACCUUCAAUUAUGAAACUAAAACAGUUGAAGUGAACAAGGCACCUUGGUAUAUUGAAGACGAACCUAGAUUUGCAUUCCGUGGGCUUCUCCUUGAUACCUCACGCCACUAUCAACCGAUUAAUAUCAUAAAGCAAGUAAUUGAGUCAAUGUCAUAUGCUAAACUUAAUGUUCUUCACUGGCACAUCAUAGAUGAAGAGUCAUUUCCUUUAGAAAUUCCUUCAUAUCCUGAUCUGUGGAAAGGUGCAUACACAAAGUGGGAGAGAUACACGGUUGAGGAUGCUUAUGAAAUUGUCAAGUUUCCAAAGGUAUCUUCAUUUCAAUUUCAUGAUUAUUGAUUCACAAUGGCAGGUAUCAACAUUAUGGCUGAAGUAGAUGUCCCUGGUCACGCGGAAUCAUGGGGCAUUGGUUACCCUGAUCUUUGGCCUUCUCCUACCUGUAGGGAGCCACUUGAUGUCUCCCAAAACUUCACAUUUGAUUUGAUUUCAGGCAUUUUGAGAGAUAUGAGAAAAAUUUUCCCAUUUGAGCUUUUCCACUUGGGAGGGGACGAGGUCAACACGGAUUGUUGGAAUUCAACCCCACAUGUGAACCAAUGGCUUCAAGAACACAACAUGACUGGGAAAGAGGCUUAUCAAUAUUUUGUGUUGAAAGCUCAAAAGAUUGCACUUGCUCAAAAUUGGACCCCUGUCAACUGGGAAGAAACCUUCAACACAUUCAAGGCAAACCUUAAUCCAAGGACAGUGGUACAUAAUUGGUUGGGCCCUGGUGUUUGUCCACAAGUUGUUGCUAAAGGUUUCAGAUGCAUCAUGAGCAACCAAGGAGUAUGGUAUCUUGACCAUCUGGAUAUUCCUUGGGAGGAUUUCUAUAACAGCGAGCCAUUGGAAGGAAUAAAUGAUGCUUCACAACAAAAACUUGUACUUGGAGGUGAAGUAUGCAUGUGGGGUGAGACAGCUGAUGCUUCCGAUGUUCAGCAAACAAUAUGGCCACGUGCUGCAGCAGCUGCAGAGCGCAUGUGGAGCAACAGGGAGGACACGUCUACUGCAAAUAUAAACUCAACUGUAUUGCCGAGGUUGGAAUACUUCAGAUGCCUGCUCAAUCGUCGUGGAGUUCCAGCGGCUCCUGUCACAAACUACUACGCCCGGAAGCCUCCUACUGGUGCCGGAUCAUGCUAUGUGCAAUAAACGCGAUGUGUUACUACGUUUGAAGUUUCAUUUUCACAUCUGUAAUUUACCCAAGGCUACAGCUCUUCAGACAAAAGGGAAUUUGUUUGGGAAUCUGGUGUUCUACAGGUGAUCUCCCAUAAUUAUUAAUGCAAUUUGGCUUGUGUCGAACAA